UACUACUGCUGCUGCUCCAUGACGCGUCGCCCUUGAACUUUAGCCGAACGAGUGACAAACCACCAGCACCAGCUACUCUCCUCCUACUCCUCAAGCCAUCCAGUCAAAGGACAGGCCAGAUAGACAGACAGACAGGCAGGCAGGACAUACACAGAAAUCUGCCAGACAUGGACGCACAAGACGAGAAGAAACCGUCUGCAAUGCCCGCCGCAGCCCCAGAGACCGCAGAAGACAAGACUGCAACCGCCAUCCUGCGCAAGAAGAACAAGCCCAACUCCCUUGUUGUGGAUGACGCGACAAACGACGACAACUCCGUCAUCACCAUGUCCAAUAAGACAAUGGAAUCCCUCAACAUCUUCCGUGGCGAUAAUGUCAUCGUCAAGGGAAAGAAGCGAAAGGAUACUGUGCUCGUGGCACUCGGCGACGAUGAUAUGGAAGACGGCGUGGCGCGAUUGAACCGUGUGGUUCGCCACAACUUACGUGUCAAACUCUCAGACACCGUCCUCAUCCACCCAGCAGAAGAUGUCGGCUAUGCAAAACGUAUCGAAGUCGCACCCCUGAGCGAUACAAUCGAAGGCAUCACCGGUUCCAUCUUUGAUGUCUUCCUCAAGCCGUACUUCUUUGAAGCGUACCGACCAAUUCGCAAGGGCGACUUGUUUACCUGCCGUGGUGGCAUGCGUCAAGUUGAAUUCAAGUGCAUUGAAGUCGACCCGGGAGAGUAUGGUAUUGUCUCUUCUGAGACCGUCAUCCACUGUGAAGGGGACCCCAUUGAUCGCGAAGAUGAAGAAGCAGGUCUCGCUGAAGUGGGCUAUGAUGAUCUCGGUGGUUGUCGCAAGCAACUCGCUCAAGUGAGAGAGCUAGUUGAGCUGCCAUUGCGUCACCCACAACUCUUCAAGACACUCGGUGUCAAGGCACCUCGUGGAAUUCUCAUGUUUGGUCCACCGGGAACGGGAAAGACACUCAUGGCGCGUGCCGUCGCCAAUGAAACAGGCGCCUUCUUCUUCCUCAUCAACGGUCCCGAAAUCAUGUCCAAAAUGGCCGGUGAGUCAGAGUCCAACUUGCGUAAAGCAUUCGAGGAGGCAGAGAAGAAUUCCCCGGCCAUCAUCUUUAUUGAUGAGAUUGACUCCAUUGCACCAAAGCGUGACAAAACAAAUGGUGAGGUGGAGCGACGUGUUGUGUCGCAGCUCUUGACACUUAUGGACGGUAUGAAGGCACGCAGCAAUAUUGUUGUCAUGGCAGCCACGAACCGACCCAACUCCAUUGAUCCUGCACUCAGGCGAUUCGGUCGAUUUGAUCGUGAAGUCGAUAUCGGUAUCCCGGAUGCCAUUGGUCGUCUUGAGAUUCUGCGCAUCCACACCAAGAAUAUGAAACUCGGCGAUGACGUUGAUCUUGAGCAAAUCGCCGCUGAAACGCACGGUUACGUUGGCUCGGAUAUCGCUUCAUUGUGCUCUGAAGCUGCUAUGCAACAGAUUCGUGAAAAGAUGGAUCUCAUUGACUUGGAUGAAGAUACCAUUGACGCAGAAGUGCUUGACUCGCUUGGCGUGACGAUGGAGAAUUUCCGCUUCGCCCUCGGCACCUCCAACCCAUCUGCCCUGCGCGAGACUGUUGUGGAGAUCCCCAACAUCAAGUGGGACGAUAUUGGUGGUUUGGAGAAGGUCAAGACGGAGUUGCAGGAAACCGUGCAAUACCCUGUCGAACACCCAGACAAAUUCCUCAAAUUCGGCAUGUCACCCAGCAAAGGUGUCUUGUUCUAUGGUCCACCAGGAACGGGAAAGACACUCCUUGCAAAAGCCAUUGCCAAUGAAUGCGCCGCCAACUUUAUUUCCGUCAAGGGACCCGAGUUGUUGUCGAUGUGGUUUGGUGAGUCUGAAGCGGGUGUGCGUGAUAUCUUUGACAAGGCACGCGCUGCAGCGCCGUGUGUCAUCUUCCUCGAUGAGUUGGAUUCGAUUGCUCGUGCGCGUGGUGGCGGUGGUGGUGAUGCAGGCGGUGCAUCAGACCGUGUCGUCAACCAACUCCUCACUGAAAUGGAUGGUAUGGGCUCCAAGAAGAAUGUCUUCAUCAUUGGCGCCACCAACCGACCAGAUGUCAUUGAUCCAGCACUCAUGCGACCUGGACGUUUGGAUCAAUUGAUUUACGUGCCGUUGCCAGAUGAAGAGUCACGUUUGUCGAUCCUCAAGGCACAACUCCGCAAGACGCCUGUUGCUGCAGAUGUCGACUUGACAUACAUUGCAAAGCACACGCAUGGUUUCUCUGGUGCAGACAUGUCGUAUAUUGUUCAACGCGCCGUGAAACUCGCCAUCAAAGAUUCGAUUGCAGCGGAUGUGCAACGGGCUAAGGAAGGUGGUGAUGUUGAAAUGGCGGAUGAGGAUGAUAAAGCUGAAGUGACGCGCGAGUACUUUGAGGAGGCCAUGCGGUCUGCAAGGCGAUCCGUCUCUGACUCUGAUAUCCGGCGGUAUGAGAUGUUUGCCACGCAGCUCAAGAACCAAGCACCGGGUAAUUCUGGAUUCAGAUUCCCCUCUGCCAAUGAGGCAGCUGCGGCCGGUCAAGGCGGUGAGGUGCAGCCUCCUUCUCAGUUUGGCAAUGACGGAGAAGAUGACCUCUACUCUUAGGCUGCUGCGCAUGAUGCAUCCCCGUAGUCUAUCCUUUUGCUCUUCAUUACUGCUCGUUGCUGUGUCGUUGUCCAUCUCGUCGCCUUUUUGACUUUUUCGGCGACUUCA